AUGGAACAAACAGCUCCUGAGGGCUUCCCCAGGACUGUCCCAGAAGAAGCAGGCACAGAUACAAGGGAAUGCUCUGCUGGCUCUUGUUCAAAUAUUGAACAUGAUAACCUGCUACUGCAUAACCUGCCCCAACACUACCAAGAAAGUGAGGGAUCUGAGGUCCUAUCAAGAACAUUCAAUCUGCAUGUAGCACUAACUCCAUUUCAAAUUCCUGCUUGUCCGACCGUCUCAAAAGACAGAUAUAAAGAGUUCAGGAAAUUCCUCCAUUGCUGCAAGCUUCCCUGAGGAGCAGAAAGGAAGAACAGAGGACUUGCUCUACAUGUACUGCCAGAAGACAACUGAGCAAGGGAAAAGUCUCCAUGUACAUUUGUUAAUGGAUGUACACCUUAUGGUAGUGGUGUGUUUCCUUUGCACAAAAGCCUUCCUACUGAACAAUACUAUGAUGUCACUCAGCUGGCAAAAAAAAAAGUGAUAUCAUUGUGCCUGCCAUUUUUCCCCUCUUACCCCUACCCUACACACAUUUCUAGGUACACCAUGCUCCCAAACUUCACAUCACUUGAGGGUUGAGACACUGGAAUCAAUUCAAGCAGUCAUCAACCUUUCCAUCCCAGUAUCUCUAGCAAGACUUUUGACAUGGUUGUUCUGAGGAAGACCAGAGAAAAUGGUCAAAUAUAUUUUUCAAAUCCACCAAGGACAAUGGUUCCCAACCCCAUUUAAGAGCUCAAAUAUAACUUUUCUCCAGUAAUAAUCAAUAUGCUACAAAACACUGAAAGGGCUCUGGCGAUCACAACAUACAGUCGGGUCUUCACAGGGCAAAACACUUCUGCUGGUCUGUCAAAAGUGACACCUCCAGAAGGGUGCACUGCAUGCGUACUUCAAGGUGAAUAUCCCCAUGAAUCAAUUCUGCAAAAGCACAUGCUGAGUGAAAUAAAAAGAGCAGCCAGCCUAGCAUUGUAGAGGUGGCAGCUUUCGGGAAGGCCCAAAUUUGAACACCUUCCAAAAUCUGCAUGUUCAGUUUCCUACGAAGUUCAACCCAGAUAUUUGGAUCAACAUACAAUAUUGAAAAACCCAGUUAGGCUAAGUAAGCCAAGCUUACCACUGGCUGUAAAGCAUGAAGAAAGUGGAAUUUUUUUUCACAGACUUUGCCAUCAAGAAACAUGUCUACCUGCAUGGAGACCAGAGGAUGGGCAAGGAGAGAUAACACGGCCUGAAUGGAUCCCCAGCUGUGAAGUUCCUCAGCUCCAGACAGGGUCGAUGGAGCUGCAACAUUCCUUCUCUAUGACAGCAGCACAAAAACAGGUACAUGAUUCUGUAAAAGGAGAGAGAAAAAAUCCUCACAGAUAA